AAGCAAGUAGGUAUAAAGUUGUUGUGAUUGAAUUUAUGAUAAACCAACCAAAAAAAAUCCCAUCUUUAUAGGGUAGGGAAAGGAUCAUGAUGAUAAUGAUUCAGUACGGUAAGGCUCAUAUUCAUUAAACUACACUAACAACAACAACAACUCAAAUUUCUCAUCGGAGAAGACAAUGGCGACCUCUCUUCAGAUAAAGCCAGAGACUUUGUUCGAUUUGAUGAAACAACAUUUCGAAACCCAAGAGGGUAAACAGCUCUGCAACAAAGUCAAUCUCGUUUUCCAGCUCAAUCUUGCACCAAAGAAGAUUGGGGUUGAUGAGAUCUCUUAUAUUAUUGAUUUUAAGAAUAGGAAUGUCUUCAAAGGAAAAUUGGAAGGAGAAGAAAAGCCAGAUGUAACAUUUUCAUUCAAGGAAGAUGAUUUUAUGAGAAUUGCACUCAGAAAAUUGAAUCCCCAAGUUGCUUUCAUGAGGGGAUUAGUGAAGGUUAAGGGUAGUCUUACUGCAGCACAGAAAUUCUCACCAGAAAUUUUCCCUAAAUUUCCAGUUUCGAAGCUGUGAAAAAAUAGAGCUAUUAUGGUGAUAAUAAGUUUGCAUCUUGCUUUGUUUAUUUAAAUUUGAAUAUUUAAGAUGUUUUGAUGAACUAGAAGAAAAAUAUGUAGUUGUGGGUCUGAAGUGAUUUGUAUUGGUAUAUGAAACCAAGUAUCAAUAACAUUAAGUUAUCUAACUACUAGUUGAUAUAACUUUUAAUGACCUAAA